ACAGAUUCCGAGUAACUAUUUCCUGACCGGGUGAAGUCUGUUUUCCUCGCGCAGCUGUUGUGUACAGUAACUGCUGAAGGAAUCAUUCGUUUUUCCCCAACACAUCACAGUUUUUCAUCAUAGAGAGACAGAUUUUCUGAUUGAAGAUGACAGACCGUUACAACAUCCACAGUCAGCUGGAGCAUCUGCAGUCCAAAUACAUCGGCACGGGCCACGCAGACACCAGCAAGUGGGAAUGGCUGGUUAACCAGCACAGAGACUCGUACUGCUCCUACAUGGGUCAUUUCGACCUUCUCAACUACUUCGCCGUCUCAGAGAACGAGAGCAAGGCUCGGGUGCGCUUUAACCUAAUGGAGAAGAUGCUGCAGCCCUGCGGCCCACCAGCUGACAAACCUGAAGAUGCUUAGCAUACUUUGGCUGAAUCCAUACUGCUGCCAGAGAGAUGUGCAGAAAGAUCAUAUGGACUCAUGCUGGUUGUUUAAGAACCAGUCUAUGUUUUCUCGGUCUAAGUUUUUUUUUUAAUGCUGCAUUUUUUGUGAUGUUUUGUAUUGUUGAAAGAAAAUAAAGUUGACACUCUUACACACA